UUUCCCCGCCAACGACAACCGAUAGCAACAUUGUCGCAAAAUCCAACACAGAUCCGAUCCUCUAAACAAAGCGCGCGCCCCGCGAAGAAACGUAGGAGAAACCCCACGCCACAAACCACCUUCUUCACAAGCGCAAUUCGAGAUGGAUCGCCAAAGCGCCUUCUCGGUUCACGCCUUCUCGUCAAAUUACGAGCAAGGCGAGGACUCGAAUGUGCAGAUUCAGGAGCAGCUAUUACAGUUCAUCCUCGACUUUAGACUCGAGAACAAGUUCAUCUAUAGAGACCAGCUGAGGGAAAAUGCCCUCUUGGGAGCAUACUACUGCGAUGUCAACAUUGGCGACUUGAUCAAGUUCAACGAGGAACUGGCACAUCGUAUUGUCACAGAACCUACAGAAAUUAUUCCACUGUUCGAAAAGGCCCUGCGAAAAGCAACGCAGCGUAUCGUCUACCCUCACAAGCAGCGCAUCGACCUUCCAGAACACCAGCUUCUCCUCCACUCCAACGAAGAAGAUGUCUCCAUUCGCAAGCUAGACUCUAUGACCAUCUCGCGUCUGGUGCGAGUGCCUGGAAUUGUCAUUGGCGCAUCUGUCAUGUCUUCGAAAGCCAACUCUCUCACCAUCCAGUGCCGAAACUGCGGCCAUACCACUGAUAUCCCGGUCUCUGGAGGCUUCACGGGUGUUACCCUCCCGAGGAGAUGUGAGCGGAACAAGGGCCCGGUGGACAGCUCAGACAAGUGCCCACUCGACCCUUACUUUGUUCAGCACGAAAAGUCACAGUUCGUCGACCAGCAGGUCAUCAAACUUCAAGAGGCGCCUGAUGACGUUCCCGUAGGAGAGCUUCCCCGCCACGUUCUGAUUUCGGCGGAUAGGUACUUGACAAACCGUGUUGUCCCUGGGUCAAGGUGUACGAUCAUGGGAAUCUUUUCCAUCUACCAGAACAAGGGCUCCAAGAGCUCGACGAGCGGCGCCGUGGCCAUCAGGACGCCGUAUCUGCGUGCUGUGGGAAUACAAACAGAUAUCGACACGGCUUCAAGGGGCAAUGCAACCUUUUCACCAGAGGAAGAGCAGGAGUUCUUGGAGAUGAGCAGACGUGAGGACAUUUACAAGGUACUCGCGGGUUGCAUUGCACCUUCUAUCUACGGCAACGCAGACAUCAAGAAGGCGAUCCUCUGUCUCUUGUUCGGAGGCUCCAAAAAGAUUCUUCCGGACGGUAUGAAGCUACGUGGUGAUAUCAACGUUCUCCUGUUGGGAGACCCCGGUACCGCCAAGUCGCAGCUGCUCAAGUUCGUCGAAAAGGUUGCUCCUAUCGCCAUCUACACCUCUGGAAAGGGUUCAUCAGCUGCUGGUUUGACGGCAUCAGUACAGCGGGACCAGUCAACCAAGGAGUUCUACCUCGAGGGUGGUGCAAUGGUGCUGGCUGACAACGGAGUGGUCUGCAUCGACGAGUUCGACAAGAUGCGUGACGAGGAUCGUGUUGCUAUUCACGAGGCCAUGGAGCAGCAGACAAUCUCGAUUGCCAAGGCGGGUAUCACCACCAUCCUGAACGCCAGGACAUCGGUUCUAGCGGCAGCAAACCCUAUCUUUGGACGGUAUGAUGAGCUCAAGUCUCCGGGUGAGAAUAUUGACUUUCAGACGACGAUUUUGUCUCGUUUCGACAUGAUUUUCAUCGUUCGGGAUGAACAUGAGCCUGGAAAAGACCAGCGGAUCGCAAAGCACGUCAUGAGCCUUCAUCAAGGCAGGACGAACGUUCAGGAGCAGGUCGAGUCUGAGAUUCCGUUUGACAAGUUGAGGCGGUACAUCAGCUACUGCAAAUCACGCUGUGCCCCUCGCCUCAGCGCAGAGGCAGCAGAAAGACUGUCGUCUCACUUUGUCACCAUCCGACGACAGGUGCACGCGGCCGAGAUGGAAGCGAACACGCGCUCGUCAAUCCCGAUUACCGUUCGUCAGCUCGAGGCUAUCGUCCGAAUUACAGAGUCGCUAGCCAAGAUGCAGCUGGCACCAAUCGCAACCGAGGACCAUGUCAAGGAGGCAAUCCGGCUGUUCCUGGCGUCGACACUUGAUGCAGUCAACCAGGGUGCCGACCAAGGCUCGCGCGAGAUCAACGACGAGGCGUCCAAGGUUGAGGCAGAGCUGCGACGACGGCUGCCCAUCGGAUGGAGCACCAGCUUCGCAACGCUCAGGAGGGAGAUGGUUGAGGGUAAGGGAUUCAGCGAGAUGGCUCUCAACCGGGCUCUCAAGAUCCUUCAGAGGAGGGAGACCAUCAUGUUCAGGAAUCAGGGAGCACAGAUCUACAGGAACGGCGCAUGAUCCUUGCGUUGUUUGUACUUGUUUUUCUUUUUGAUGGGUGUUAUUGGGUUUGGGUCAACAGCCAUGUUUACGAUGUAUGGGAUUGAUUAUCAUGUCAGUAUGGUUUUUUACGAAGAGGUGGUUUAAUUGUCUGUUUAUUGUUUCUUCCCGCAACGCACGAUUGAAUCUCAGGGAUAUUUGCGGGGCCACAUACCCCGAUCUCGACUGAUCACAUUUGGGGGCACGCCAUUGACGUCUUUUUUGCACAAUGAUCGACAAUCACGGUCGAUGAUUGGCAAGCACAAGGUUGCGGCAUAUGGGCAGGGCGACGGGCAAAUUUCAAAGGCUUGCAGGUCGUCUACGAAUAGAUUUGGUCGCCCCCUUUUCUUGGCGCAACACGUGCACGUAUUGCAACGACGGAACCUCAAACUUUCAAGAUCGAUUUCAUUGAUGAUCUGCAGUGGCCAGACACGACGGGUUGUCACACUCUAUUUCCCACAAAUUCUGUCCCCUGGAGAGACAAUGCAACUGCCGCUUCCACCAAUCGGGACGAGGAGCUUCGUUCAUCACCCAAGGGGGGUUUUCCAGAUUAGCGAGCCGCGGUCUUGAACCAUUCAAGCUUCUCCCUUCGCGCUGCUACCUCCUUUUUCGAUUUUCCAGAAGACGCCUCUGUCCAUGUUUGGCGUGGUUACCGAGCAGCCAAGACAAACAAGCGGCGCAAUAUCACCGUGCGGUCCAGAGGUCGUUUUUCCAAUCGAUGGCAAACUCGGGAUCGUCAAUCGCAGUGCCCUGUUGCCACUUUAUUCUCAUAUUACCGUAUAGCAUUAUAGCAACGGUGUAAUAUGUCAAGCCGUGGCAUGUGUGCAACUUUUCGCGGGGGCCUUUUUUUUCAGGGUCAGUUCUGCUACUUGCGAUUGAGAGAAUGGCUUCGAGAUGUCUUCAGAAGGGUCGUUGUCGCUACUUUAAACAUUGAUCUAGUAUCGACUUGUUGGACGCCCAUUUGUGGGCAUUUGGUUGCGCCAAGGCUGUCCCCAGUCUUACUUGGACGCUAAAAGGCAAACAUCCAUCGUGUGCUACUCAAUUUGAACGCGACAAGUCGCUUCGGGACUGUGGCUACAUCUUUGAAGCUUCUCAACGUCCGAGCGGGUGGGAGAAGGCUGGAAAAUGUCGUGAUAAUUCGCCAUGCUCAACCGGCGAGACAAUCUCCGUCGCCAAUCUUGAUCCUAGGAGCUCUUGAUGCAAGGCCCGCUUGGGAAUGCAUGGAAAAGCAACAUAGUGCUACCUAACCGAAGGGAGAACACCACGCAUAUUUCCCCUCAUUAAUAUAUUCUACGAAUCUGUCUGUUACAUCUUGUCGUCGUCCCUUGGCUGGGCCUUUGACCUUGCAAGCCGCAUUCGUACGCAGGGAAUUUUUUCACGUCGAGAAACAAGCUCC